CAGGUAGUCUCCCUCUCAGUUGUCUCUCAUCCUCUCUCUUUUUUCUUCCUGCUACGAAGACACAAGCCUCUCCAUUUGUGAAGAUACCGCUCUCCAGGUCAGCUCUGCCCCUCUCUCGGUCAACUCUGCCCCUGCUCCCUUUUCUUCUCUCGGCCUACUGCUUUCUCUUCUGCUGUUUUGUGGUGGAUCGUGCUCUUUCUCAUCGUUUGCAAAGUUGGCGUGCUGUCCACCACACGAGGAGACUAUCAUCAGCCACCGCCUACCCCCACGCCUUCACUAGAGCACCCCUCGCCGGAUCCGCUUCCUGGAAGACCAACAACAUGUCCAUUGACAUCCAUGAACGACAGAAGUCCACUUAACUUUUUUUCACUGUCAUCUGCUUCUCAGACUGUAAUCUAUCCUUAUCCACAACCACGCAAGCCGUUAAGCUCUAUCACUCGUCUCCAACACACUUACUCUUCCCCGUCCAUCUUCUUUCUUCUGAUUUAAUCAAAUCAUUGGAUAACAUCUUGCUGCUUCUGCUGCUCAGGUAGGGACACAGAAGAAAAAAUGGUUGGAGGAAGCGAUCCAUUUCGGGAUUAUUUUGAGAAAAUGGAUGAUGGUUUAUGGAAGUGCAAAUUUUGUGAGAAGAAAUUGGCUAAAGAUACUAAAGCUACAAGGAUGAAAUGUCAUCUGGCAAGAGUUGGACGUGGUGGUGUUAAAAUUUGUGAAAACGUAACUCCAGAUGUUCAACGAGCAGCGUUUGAUAAGCUUCCUGACAGAAUGCGUGGGAGUAUGCCAAGUUCAAGCAAUAAUAUAAUAGUUAGUGCAGAUUCAGAUCCUGCGCAAGAUUUAGAAAUGCAACAACAGGGACAACCUCUUGUGGAUGAAUUUCCAUUGAUGGAUAGCUUGACUGGGGAAGAGAUUUGGCUUGCUGAGGAGACCAUGGUUCCUAGCAUGCUUAUGCCUGAUGCACCUGAGACUGGAUUGGGAAUAGAGCCAGCAGAUCAACCAUUUGAAAUGGAUAUGAAUAACAUCCCAUAUUCAUUGAUGAGAAAUGUUGAGUUAAGCAGUGGUAUAGAGAGUCGGGAAUUGAUCCAGGCUGUUACCGAGAGAGGAAGCUGUUCUAAAAUGCCUGUCGAUAAGAGUGUGCCAAGUUCAAGCAAUAACGAGGGAAUUAAUGCAGCUUCAACUGCUUUGUGGGGCUUAGAAAUGGAACAAGAGGAACAACCUGUUUUGGAUGAACGAGGACGGAAGGGUUUUCUGAUUGGGGGGGAGACUGAGCUUGUCGAGGAACCUAGAGCUCCUGUCGUUCUUAUGCCAGAUGAACCUGGGACUAGACAAAGAACAGAGCAAGCACAUCUGUUUCGUGAAAAGUGGUCCAUGUACUCAUCAUUGUGGGAUGCUAUUGAGAGUCCAAAAUUGAUGCAGUCUGCUGUUGAGAGACGACCCUUUUCUAAAAGGCCUGUACAAAAGAAACGUAGGACUGGAAGAUAUGUAUUGCCAAGAAGAUAUGUAUUGCCGACAACAAAGCUAGUGGGCCAAGCUGUGGAAAAAAACAUGAAUGAUGUCUGGUCGUCGUUGUUGGAUGAUGAGGUCUCAUGCAUUGGCAUUUGUGGGAUGGGGGGGGUGGGAAAGACAGCUUUGGCUGCACAUAUCCAUAAUCAGCUUCACGAGAAACUAGGCAUGUUUCAUCCUGUUCGUUGGAUUACUAUGUCACAAGAUUUUAGCAUUCAUGCAUUGCAGGGUCGCAUUGCUGAGGUUUUGGAUUUAAAACCUUUGGAUGAAAAUGAUGCGAUGGUGAGAACUGGGGAGCUAUUGACACAGUUGAAUGUGAAAAAAAAAGGUUUUUUAAUUCUUGAUAAUUUGUGGGGUCAUUUUCUUCCUGAUGAAGUGGGAAUACCUCUUAGAACAGACGGGUGGAAGUUGAUUCUCACAACGAGAUCACUGGAGAUAUGUCGAAAAAUGGAUUGCCAAAGGAUAAUCAAAGUGGAGCCUCUUUCUAAGGGUGAGGCUUGGGAUCUGUUCAUAUACAGAUUAGGGCGUGGUGGUGCACUUUAUCCUGAGAUCGCAGAGUCUAUUGUGAAGGAGUGUGAUGGUUUGCCCCUUGGAAUCAUGACAAUGGCUCGAAGCAUGAAGGGAGUGGCUUUUGAAUAUCGUUGGAGAGAUGCAUUGCUAAAACUGAAAAGAUUAGAAGUUGGACCAGGUGAGAUGGAAGCCAAUGUAUUUCGAGUAUUGAAAUUUAGCUAUGCUCAGUUGAACGAUUCAGCCCUACAAGAGUGCUUCUUACAUAUCACACUAUUUCCAAAAGGCAAGAUCAUCUUGAGAGAGGACUUGAUAGAGUAUUUGAUUGACGAGGGUAUAGUCAAAGAAAUGGGGAGUAGGGAUGCACAUUUUGAUGGGGGCCAUACCAUGCUUGAUCAACUUGAAGAUGCCAGCUUAUUAGAAGGUUCCAGGGACGAUGAAGAUUACAGAUAUGUCAAGAUGCAUGAUUUGAUUUGGGAUAUGGCUUGGAAAAUAUUGAACGAAAGUGGGGGAGCUAUGGUUCAAGCAGGUGCACAACUAACAGAAUUACCCGGUGUAAGAUCGUGGAGAGAGGAACUGUUAAGAGUUUCACUCAUGGAAAAUAGAAUCGAGAAUAUUCUUCCAGACUUUUCACCAAUGUGCCCCCGUCUCUCAACAUUAUUGUUAUGCAGAAACUAUAAAUUGAAUUCGGUUGAGGAUUCUUUUUUCCAGCUCCUCAUCGGACUCAAGGUUCUUGAUCUUUCCGACACAGAUAUAGAGAAGUUGCCAGAUUCUAUUUGUCAUCUGUCGAGUCUCACUGCAUUGUUGCUGGGAUGGUGUGCAAAGCUGAGUUAUGUACCAUCAUUAGCAAAGCUUAAGGCAUUGGAGAAGUUGGAUCUCAGUUACACUGGACUUGAAGAUUUGCCCGAGGGAAUGGAAAGGCUGAAGGACCUCAGGUAUCUUAAUCUUGAUGGAAGCGGGGUGCGUGUUUUACGGUCGGGUAUUUUACCCAAACUCUCAAAAUUACAGUUCCUCAAGCUUCAUCAGAAACCUGAAGUUGUUCUCUCAGUUAGAGGAGAUGAAGUUUCCAGAUUAUAUGAUUUGGAAACUUUGGAAUGCAACUUCCGUCAUCUAGACGAUUUCGGAUUUUUCCAAUCUGGACGGAGAUUUUCAAUAAUUGCUUGCAAGGUUACUGUAGGACGACCUUGUUUCUCUUCACUCGAAGAUCUAAAUUAUACAAGAUCGAAGUCAGGGUUAGUUAAAGAGGCUUGGUUUUAUGACCUCAUGAUUGACAAUGCAGUUUGUCUGUUCCCGCGCUUCAUUACAAAAGUAGUUUUUGUGAGUUGUCAAAACAUGAGGCGCGUAUGUCCAUCAUGUGAAAUUGAUGGGAUUCGAGGGCUUGAGAUUCUACACCUUGAUGGUUUGAUAAUCUUAGAAGACCUUUUUGGAACAUGGUUAAUGCCGCCUGCUCGUGAUACUCCCAUGGCUGAUCUUUUUGUCUCUUGGUAUCUCAGAGAGAUCGUGAUACAUAAAUGUCAUAGGAUGAAGGUGCUGCUCCCUCCUUGGUUAUUGUCUGAACUCCGAUUGGAAGUGAUUGUAGUCGAAGAUUGUUACAACAUGCAGGAGAUAAUGGGAAGUGGUGAAGAUUUUGUACAUGGAAUGGUGCGUUAUUCUGGUAUUCGACUGAGGGUUUUGGUAUUGAAGAAAUUGCCGAAUUUGAAAAGCAUUUAUUCUGGUAGACUUCAAUGCAAUUCUCUUGAAGAAAUUACUGUGGGUGAUUGCCCGCAGCUAACGAGGAUCCCGUUCACUAUUUUCCGUUCUCUUAAGAAAAUUGAAGUAGAUCCUGAAAGUUUGUUGAACACAGUUGAGAAUGUUUUAUGAUUUCUAGCCAUUUGCUAGUAUUCCGGGGAUGAAAUUAGGAUUAAAACAAAUGUUUUCAUAGUCAAACCGUUGUCGGCUAACAAGUGCGCUGUAACUUCUCGUGGCUUUAAUUGAUUUGCUCCAAGGCAGAGAAGAACAAGUGUUACUUCCCUAGUGUUGGAUCCAAGCACAAUGUUUUAAGAAUCA